AGAAAAAUGUGUAAACUGGUGUAAACGCAGUUUGUGAGCUUGGAGUCGCGAAGAUAGAACGUCUUGUAGGUUACGUGAUUAAUAAAUUCAUGGAAAAAAAAAAAAAAUAAAUAAAAUCAGUGAUAUAAUUAAUAGUACUUGUCAAUAACUGUAGUUACAGAUCAAAGUCAACAAACGUCAACAGUGCCGACAAAAAUAAAUCAUAAAAAAAACAAUUGAUUUAGAAACGUCAAAAAUAAAAUAUUGACAAAUCGUGAUAAUUUAAGAAAAAUAAAUUAAAAAAAAAAAAAGGAGUAAUAAAAUGUUUUCGGGUUUGACAAAUCAAAUGUCCACUUGGAUGGGCAAAAAAGGCGAGGAUGGUUCUGAAUUGACCGAAGAAAAAGUGGCUUCACCCGGUGUUGAGGGUGAACAAGACUUUGAAAAAAAAGACAGCAGUCCAACAAAAGGUGCUGGUGGUAGAAUGGAAAUGUUAGCUGGUGUAAAAUCACAAAUGACUGGUUGGUUAAGUGGUGGAAUACCAGGUCUUAGUGGACGUGGUGGUGCUGAAACAGGUGAAGGUGAAGGACAAUUACCACCAGCUGAAAUAAUUGAUAAUCAAUCAACGCGGGAUACACAGAGCAAUAUGCCUGAUAAUGUAAAAGACGAUGACGCAAGCAGGUGGGUUACAGGUGCGACUGGUGGUGCUGACAGUGGUCCAGCAAGUCUUGAAGGUACACCAACAGAAGACAAAGAUGGACAACAGCCAUUUGGAGCUGUAUCAACAAAAGCAUUAGCCAGUGCAAAGAGCCUUGGUGGAUUUCUUUACAGCGCUGUCAAUAAAGCUGGCAAAUCAGUUGCCGAAGCUAGUGCAAAAAUUAAGAAAACCGUAGAAGAAAAUAGACUUAUUGCUGAAUUAAACAAGGAACAAGAAGCAUUUAUUUCUGGCAAAAAUAAUGAAAAAGGAGAAGCUGUUGCACCAUGGGUUGGUGCACCAAAUGAAGAUGCACUUCGUGAAAAAUGCUUAGCUCUUUCGACCGAUCGUCGUAACUUUAUAAGAGCUCCACCACCAGGAGUUGAAUUUCCUUGGGACUUUGAGGCCAUUCAGCCAAUGGCACAAGCCACUCUUGCCUUGGAUCAAAAUCUCGAACAAAUGAGAUUUGAGCUUGUACCUAAAGAAAUAACCGAGGAAAACUUUUGGCGUAAUUAUUUUUAUCGAGUUUCUCUAGUUCGUCAAACUCAUGAAUUAGACGCAAUGGCAAGUCAAGCAGAAAAUAAUCCCAAUCAAAGUCUAACAUCAACCGGUAGCAUCGAUCACAACCAAGCUCGAGUAGCGAGUGACAAGGAGACUGAUAUUAUGAGCAACAAAGUUUCAACAACUCAGGCUGUAUCAACCGACGAGUUUAUUUCCGACAGCUUGAGACCAACGGAUACAGACAUUCAAGAAGUCAAAGAGGGUAUGAAAAAGCUUGGAAUAAAAUCUCCAAAAGAAGAAGAAUGGGAAGGGGAAUUGGAAGCUGAACUCAAGGACUUUGAAAUCGUGCAGAGUGAUGAUAAAAAUACAUCAGGAAAAAUCAAUGAUGCCAGUGAAAAAGAGGACUGGGAACAACAGAUGGAGGAUCUACUCAAAUACGAUCUCAAAUAAAUCAAGUGAUAAAAUUAAUAUUUAAUAUUAAAUUUUCACAUUCGAUGUUUCCAAAUAAAAAAGAAAAUAUUUAUGUAUAAAGAAAAAAAAAAAAACACAAAAUCUAUGGAUUCAUAUGUACGAUUUAAUUGAGUAACUUAUUUCUCUAAUUUGAAAAAAAAUUACGUUCAUUUCUUGUAUACUAUUAAUCGCACAAAGAAGUAAAUUAUAUAAAAAAAAAUUGAAUAAAUAAAAUGUUUAAGUUAAUAUCAGAUAAAAAAGAAAGAAAAAUAAAACAAUUAAAAUUAAAUAGAAAAUCAACUGAUGAGUUGAAUUAAAAAUCUACGUCAGUCUUUGUACAAUGUGAUUAAUUAUAAUUGAAUAGUCACUUUAUCAAUAACAAAAAAAAAAUGUUAUAAAUUCAUUAUAAAUAUUUAAAUUAUUAUUAUAUUAUUGUUUAGUGAUUUAUGAAAAAAAUAAAAAAAAAAAACGUAUGUAUGCAAGUACAAGUCUAUAAUACACAUGACAUAAAAUAACAGUAUUGGCAAGUUUGAAAUAGAAAUAAAAAACUUAUCAUGAACAAUUGUAAUAAAUAAUAAUUAACUUGAAAUGUGAUUUAGUAAAUUCUUUGUGAAAUGAAUAUUCAAUGUUAUUUAAAUAUUAAUUUAAAAAAGAAAACUGUCAUUUUGUUUAAAUUUAAAUUUUAUAUAUAUAAAUUUAUUUUCUUUCAAUUCACAAAGAAUUUUUAAAAUCAUAUAUAAAAAUAAACGUAUAAAAUAUUACUUUGCAACUCGUGCGUACGUUUUUUUUUUUUUCAUUGUUUUAUUUCAAAUGUUAAUUGUACAUUUAUCAAAAAUAUUUUACUUCCCUUUUAUUGUUCAUAUCCAUUAUAAAAAAGUUGAGUUGUUUUUAGGUUUAAUUAAAUAAUACAACAGUAUGUUAAAAAAAAUUUAAUGAAGUUAUAAUAAAUAAACAUUUUAAUUCCAUGUAAGUUAUUUGUUUUGAGCAAGUUUAUAUUUGCUUAAAUAAUAAACAAAUAAUAAAGUUUCAAAUUUGAAUGAAAUUAAAAAAAUAAAUAUUAUCAAUAUAUAAAAGCCACAAUGCAUUUUUUUUUUUUAAAUAUCUGAUAAGGGCCUAAAUAACAAUGUGCAUAAAAAAAAUAAUAACUUGGUAUUUAUUAAACAAUAAGUUAAUAACAGUUGGCCUCUAUUUAAACUUUUUUUUUUUUUAUUUUAAUAAUUAAAUACUUGAUAUUAUUCUUAUUAUAAUUCAGCCAGUCAUUUUUUUUUUUUUUGUUAUAAUUUAUUAGUGUUUUAAUUUAUUUACAUUAACACUAUCUGAAGUAACACGAUUUUAUCAAAAUUAUAAUAUUAUUAUUAUUAUUUUAUUGUUAAUUUAUUAUCGUGUUAAUUCAAAUUCAGCAAUAUUAAUCGCAAAGGAUAUGUAAAAAAAGAAAAAUAAAUUUACAUGCCUUAAAAAUAAAAUUAAAAAUAAAUAAACAUGUGAAUAUUAUAGCAAAAAAAAAAAAAAAUAAUAAAUUGAUUGAAAAAAAUUAUGUAUGACAAGCAGAAAUAAAAAUAAAAAAUGUGUCUGAAUGACGCUGUUAUCUUGAAUUAACUAAUAAUUAUAAUGAAUCUAUUGUAUUCGGUAUAAUGGAAAUAUAUAUGAUUGAAAAAGAAAAAAAAAUAAAUUACUGAUUUCGAAAAUAUGAGAGAUGAUUAAUUCGGUACUUAUAUAUGUAUAUUUAAA